AUGACUUCGGCAAAGGUUCGCCGGCCUCUCUCAAUUCUUGUCCUCCUGCUCUCCAGACUAACCGAUUGCUCUGCAGGACAUGUCGCGCCCAGCAAGCCAGCACCGUCUGUCCGUGGGCUCCAAUGCCUCCAGCCUGCCUUCGCGCACCUCCUACGCUCGUACGCACUCCCACUCUCACACCACCUCGCAGGGCUCCCUCGGUGCCGCCAACCGAAUCAAUCGCCGCAAGAGCUCAACCUUUUCCAAACCCUCCCUAAGCGGCGCCGCCGUGGAGAGCGCAGUGGCAGACGGCUCCGUCACUGUCAACCCCCGAGGUUCCAUGUCCAAGGCCGCUCUUGCCAACCUGAACGACGGUACCUCGCCUUCUAUACCCAGCAGCCUGCCCCAUCAUGCGUCGAUUCCAGCCGACGUCGCUUCAAGCGCGAGCGCUCUCGUCGACGGACCUUCGCUUUCGUCCUUUCAGAACGCCGAAAAGUCCAAGCUGAAGAUAAGAAGAGCCAGCGACGGUACCCGUUUGACCAAGAAAGAGAAGGCUGCAACUGGUGAUCUCAAGUGCGAGCAUUGCGGAAAGGCUUACAAGCACGGCAGCUGCUUAAACAAGCAUCUGUGAGUGCUAUCAUUCUGUCGUUGGAUAUGUUGGACUAUUGUCGCUGACUAGCUGUGUUCCAGUUGGGAACAUACACCCCAAUGGCAAUACACGUCCAAACUGCUUAUUUCGAAGCACCAGCAGGUCCAGCUUCUCGAAGCAGCAUCCGUUCUGGUUGCAAUGAACUCGGAGGUUAAGGAUGCCAACGACAGCGACAACUCUUCUUCCCCUGCCGCGUCUGGCUCCUCUGACAUGCGGGAGGACGAAGUCAGCUCUACCGAGACUACUCCUCCACCACAAAGCGAGCAGGGCUACCGGGACAGCAAGCGAUUCAGUAACAACAGCAGUGUCUAUUCGCGAUCCUACCAGUCGGUCUUUUCUUCCGGCAGCGCUCCAAAUAAUGACAGCGCGUUCUCCCACCACCGCCAAUGGAGCGCCUCUAGCAAUGGCAGGCCUCUCACUGCCAACACUUCCAUUGCAGAAAGUUAUCACGGCGACGAAGAUCCUCAGGAUCUGGCCGCCGCUGUCGGGUUGCUGAGCUGUAGCUACGGAACUCCCAAGAGCGUACCUACUGCUUUGCCCAUGGACGUUCCACCGGUUCCACCACUCCCAGCAAAGUACCAGAACCUUCGUCAUCAGGGCGACGUGGAGAUGGAUGGCGAUGAGAGCUUCGACGACGAACCUCACACGAGAAAUGACGACAUGGAGGACCACGGAGUGUUUGGGAAGAUGGACGCAUAA